AAACAAUGCAUCUUUGAAGAAAUUUCUUGUUCAAUACAAUGCAUCUUGGGCUUCUUCAUCCAGGAAAAGAAUCUAUUUUUUUUUUCCCCUGAAGUAGUGCAUGUAAAGUUGCUAACAUCCUGGAUUUUAUUUUUUAUGGUGUAAUUAAAUUGAAAAAUUCUAAACAGGCCACCAGCAAUGUGAGUGCUUACGAAAGGUUUGACCCAGUUGCUCGGUCACCUGGAGAAGGGGAAGGUGACAGACUGGAGGGCAGGGAGGUGAUGAAAGGGGCAAUGAGUGAUUACUUCGGGUUUGGUGCUCCACUCGUGACCAAGAGGUUGGGAGUUCAAGCCCAGCUCACUGUAGCUUUGACUGUGAAAGGCAUUUAAGUUGAGUUACAUCUCCGGAAAAAAGAGAAAAGAUGUCGCGCCGGAAAGGUCUGAGCCAUGAGGAGAAGAGGCAGAAGAUGAUGGAGCUGUUCUACGAGAGGAAAGACUUUUUCCAACUAAGGGAGUUGGAGAAGCUGGGCCCCAAGGAGAAGGGUGUCAUAUCCCAGGCCGUGAAGGAUGUGGUGCAGUCCCUUGUAGACGAUGGCAUGGUGGACACAGAGAAGAUAGGAACCUCCGUCUACUUCUGGGCAUUCCCGAGCAAAGCGACGAACAUACGGAAACGCAAGCUGGACGACCUGACUUCCCGGAUCAGUGACGUGGACAAGAGGCUCAAGACUUCCCAGAGCAAAGUGGAGCAAGCAAAGGUGGGGCGGGAGGAGGGUGAGGAGCGCAGCGAGACCCUGAGGCGUCUGAAGGAGCUGGAGGAGAAAAAGGAAAGCCUGGGCAAGGAGAUCCAGAAGUACAGGGACAGCGACCCGGAGGUGCUUGCCACCAUGAAGGAGAGCACCAAGGUGGCCCAGGCUGCUGUGAACCGCUGGACGGACAACAUUUUCUCCAUCAAGAGUUGGUGCAAGAACAAGUUUUUCAUCGAGGAGGAAGUCCUGAACAAACAGUUUGACAUCCCUGAGGACCUGGACUACAUCUAGGUACUGUUGUGUGUGAUGGUGCUGCCGCUGUGCCUUGGUGCUGCGUGCUGUGAUGUGUCUUGUCUUUGACACAGCAAUACAGAUACCCUUACUUUGGGGGCAUGAGGUUUUGUAAUGGAUAAGGAGUAACUAUUUUGCACCUUAUAUGUUACUUGACUCACCACAUGAAUUUCUUAUAGUUUUUUUUCAAAUCUUCCAACAGUACAUAUAGAUUCCAUUGUUGUGCCUUGGUUUUCACACAGCAAUACAUUUUUUUUUUUUUUUUUUUUUUGGGGGGGGGGGGUGGGGUGUUGUAGUGGAUAAGGAAUAAUUACAUAUACAUUUUAUAUGAAUGCUUGUAAAUUUCCUCAAAUCUUCCAACAUUACAAAUAGAUUCCAUUGUCUAGUCUCCCUUCCUCCAUUCUUUCUCAUUCCUGCAUCACAAACCUAAAAUUAAAGAGAAAUAAACAUCUAAUUAUCCUUUCACUCCAUAUCCAUCUCCCUCCUUUCCUUCCUUCCUUCCUUUACUUCUUCAAUUCCUGUCUCUGCUCCUGUGCUAUGAAAUAUUUGGGCAAUUCGUACACUGACUUACCAACACAACUUAAUCUUUGAAAGUCUAAAAUGACCAAAGAAAGAUUAGCUUGUAUUGAAAGGGCUAACAUCCUUUUGUGGGCUGAUGGAGGGAGUCAGGGAUGUGAAUGCAGGAAGAUUAUUCAACUUAAAAUGCAAAC